AUGGCUUCGUAUCACCGGGUUCUCGCCACGUUCGAUCGGUCAGUCAGCCUAAAGAGUGUGGAAUGUGACUAUGACAUUCAUCCGUGGGAUAUCCUUGUUGAUGGCUCACGAUGGGACGGCAAGAUUCGAUUGAUAGGCUUCGUGGAUGUAUUCUUCCUCAUUUGCUACUCAGGCGAGUCUCGCUUUGAGAAGGGAAUAAUCAUAUACAAGGACGAUGUUAUCAUCCGCGACAUUCUGCGGGAGGCAGCUUUGCCAGCCGGAGAGCUAGGCCUUGAGGUCAUCAACGAGGAUGAAAUAGAAGCCGCCAAAGCAAAGGGUCGAGAACCGAUUCUCGAAAGGUACUUCAAAUUACAGAGCAUCCGCGGUGGUCUUGAUUACACCAUCACCAGCCUGGGGCACGAGGUUGGAGUCAAGACACGAUAUCAGAAGACGGAUCUGAGAAAGUAUGAAAUCAAGAUUCGAAAAGGCAAGGACUUGAAUGUGAAAAAGCGAAUUCGUCGUGGGGUCUCGCAGCACGACCUCUUCGACUUGAUGCAUGAUGCCAUUCGAUUAGGCAUUAUCACACAUGCUGAACUUAUUGGUCACAUUGUUGGAAAGACAAUCGGUGGCAGCACGAUGGAAGAUGUUAGCUCCAAAUAUCUAGAAGCUAUUAUGGGUACGAAGAACUCGAAGAAUCUUGCACUAGCGGCGGAUAGAUGA